AUGGCUCUCACGUACAAGCAGUCGGUUCUCGUGCGGGGCUCGAUCCCAGCCCUGCGCGAGCACGGCGAGACCAUCACAAGCCUCUUCUACGCCAACAUGUUGCGCGCCCAUCCGGAGCUGCAUGACAUGUUCAAUACAGCCAACCAGGCCAACGGCCGGCAACCGCGUGCCCUGACGUCCGUCAUCCUGGCCUUUGCCGCCAACCUCAACCACACAGCCGAGCUCAUCCCCCGUCUCGAACGCAUGUGCAACAAGCACUGCUCCCUCAAUAUCCGGCCCGAACACUACGACAUUGUCGGCAAGUACCUGCUCGAAGCCUUUGGACAGAUCCUCGGCCCGACGUGGACGCCAGAGGUGCAGCAGGCGUGGCACAAGGCAUACUCGUUGCUUGCCAAGAUGCUCAUCGGACGCGAGGCGCAGCUGUACCGGGAUUUCGAGCUCGGCGCGGGCUGGGGCCCGACGGCGUUCCGCAAGUUCCGCAUCGAGCGCAAGGUCGCCGAGACGGACGACAUUUACUCGUUCUACCUCGUCCCCGUCGACGGGCGGCGGCUGCCGGCGUUUCUGCCGGGCCAGUACGUCACGGUGCGCGUGGCCGUGCCGGCGAUCCACCACCUGCAGAUGCGGCAGUACUCGCUCUCCGAGGCGCCGCGGCCGGACCACUACCGGGUGACGAUCAAGCGCGACACGGGCACGCAGGUGGGCAAGGGCGCCGAGGCGCUGCGUCUGCACCCGGGGGCCGUGUCGAACCUGCUCAUCGACGACAAGCAGGCGGGCGACACGGUGGAGCUGUCGCACCCGGCGGGCGACUUCCACCUCGACACGGACGCGUCGUCGACGCUGCCGCUCGUGCUCAUCUCGGCCGGCGUCGGCGCGGCGCCGCUGGCUGCCAUCCUCAACACGGUCGUCGAGCGCCAGGCCGUCCGCCCCAUCAGCUGGGUGCACUGCUCGGCGCGCGGCGCCGGGCCCUUUGAGGCCCACGUGCGCCGCCUCGCCGCGUCGCGCGACCGCUUCGCCACCCGCUUCUUCCGCAGCAAGGUCGCCGACGCCGACGCGUGCCAGACGCGCACCCCCGGCGACGAGUACGGCGUGCGCCUCGACCUCGCCGUCAUGGACCGCGGGCAGCUGCACCUCGAGCACGGCGGCGCCGAGUACUACAUCUGCGGGUCCGAGGCCUUCAUGGCCGAGACGUCGGCCUACCUCCUCGCGCAGGGCGUCGAUGAGACGAGGGUGCACUAUGAGUGGUUCACGACGGGCGACCCGGAGUUCAAGCACUAG